AGCUGCUUGGCGAGGGCCAGCACUGUCAGCAGCCAGUCAGCUGGGCAGCGCGCAGCAUCAGCGUGCGGCCACCGGCCAUGGAGGUCUCACGAGCCAUCGCGUCCCUCGGCGGUCCGCUGCCUCUCGCGCCGCUGCACCGGCGGGCAGCGCCGCUGCACCGGCGGGCAGCGCCGAGUGCUGCGGACCGUAGAAGUAGCGGCCGUCCGUCUCUUCCCCCUCGCCCUCUCCGCACCUCCCUCUCCGCCUCGCCCUUGCGCCUGCCUGCUCGCCCCACCUGCGCCCACCACGAGGGGCCGUGCUGCGCCUCAGGGCCAAGGGGGAGCAGAGGGGCGCAGCCAGGGAGAGAGGGGCAGUGGGGGCCAUGGCAGGGGGAGGUGGAGAGGGUUUCCGCAAGGGGAGGGAGGCGAGGCGUGGUGGCGAGGGCGGCGGGUGGUGGGGGUGGCGAUGAGGAGUUGGGAGCGGGGCAGAGUGGCGAUGGAUUGGAUGCGGUGCUGUCCAAGGCCGUGUGGGCUGGCUUCGGCAUCUACAUGCUCUGGCUCUUCGUGCUGCCGUACGCCCCUGGAGACCCCGCGUGGAGCAUCAGCGAGGCGACUGUGCAGGAGGUGAAGGACCUCUCGCUCAACUUCUUCUACGUGCUGCCCGCCCUCAACGCCGCGGGCAUUCACGUGCUGGAGGCACCGCAGCUGCACCCUGUGGCGGAGGCUCUCUUCAACACAGUGAAUGCGUGGUCACUGCUCUUCGGCCCGCUGCUGCUUGCUGACCCCAAGGGCAACCGGGUGGGCCCAAAGCUGCCCGCGCUCUGGCUGGGUCAGAUGUUCCUCACCAAUGUCUUCCUCAUCCCCAUCAUGGCUCUCCGCCUGCGCCCAUCCUCCCCCUCCGACGCCGCACCUCCUCAGCCUGCCGCCCUGGCGUCCUUUCUCACCCAGUCCCCUCUCCCCAUCGCCCUCGUCUCCUCCUCCGUCGCCCUCACCUCGCUCCUCUGGGCGGCCUUUGCCCGGCCCGACUUCGCCCCUCUCGACCUAUCCUCGCGCCUGGCGUUCCUGUCGGAUUAUCUGGCCACCAACCGCCUGGCAUACGCGUUUGCAUGGGACCUGCUGCUCUACUCGCUCUUCCAGCCCUGGAUCAUGGGCGACUGCCUCGCAGCCCUGCGCCGCUCGCUGCCGCCACAGGCACCAGGCGCGGGUGGGUCGUCUGGGGAUGAGGGUCUGCUGGCAGCCCUGCAGUGGGUGCGGUUCGUGCCGCUGUUUGGGCUCGCUGCGUUUCUCUGCGCUCUGCCGAGGCUGAGAGCUGCUCGUGGGCCUAAGGGGCGCGAGUGAGAGUGGAGCGGGGAGUACUUGGCACGCACAGGGAGUGGCUGGCGGGAGGCGAUGCUGAAGAGGUGGCAGUGCGAGCAAGGCAGUGAUGUGUUACUACUUGAUGGGAAUCAGGGACAUAGCGCCAUGCCCCUCAAGGGCAGCGCACCCAAGCCUGCCCAUUUCCAGCUUAGAAGAGGCGGGUUACCACAGGAAGACCUACAAUAGCUGCAUUUCUGCACCACCACAUUGGUGGUAGUACGCCUGAUAGAUGCACAUGCAUGCAUGAGCAUGUUUCCUAGCGCAUCCCAGCCCAGGAUUCCUGUAUGACAU